GGUCAGGCCCAGGUUUAGGGUGAUUUCAAGGAAGUGACCUCACAAUGACUCAAGCUACCACUUACUGUUGAUUGUGACGAAAUGCCAGCUGAGGCACAUGCCUUGGGAGCUAAGUGGUUGCUGCCCUUGACUACUAUGAAGACUGGUGUGGGAAGGGUCGCUUUGGAUGCAGUUGAGCAGGGGUCCCCAACCCCUGAGCCAUGGAGCCGUAAGGAGCCACACAGCAGGUGGGACCAUCCAGUUUCAGGAAAACAAGCUUAACACACCCACUGAUUCUACAUUAUGAUUCUUCAGGCCCAGCAUCUGCCUCACUGUGGACCCCCCAAGCCAAGCUCCCAACCUUUCAGCAGCUUCUACACACCCAGCUCCCGCCUGCCAGUGGCCUCUUCAGGCCCAUGGGGCUCAUUCCUCACAACAGCCUUUCCAGUCCCAGUUUUUCCCUUCCGGCGGCCUCUCCGGGCUGAGAACCUCCUCAAGUCGGCCUCUCCAGACCCACUUGCACCCUCCAGGCGUCCUCUCCGGGCCAAGCUCCUCUUCCUGGCUGCGUCUCCAGGCCCGACUCCUGCCUCUCAACAACCUCUUUGGACUCAGUGCCUACCCAUCUCCUGGCGUCCUUGGUCGGCCCACAGCUUCAUCAAGCCAAGCUCCCCAGGCCCAGGUCAGGCCUCACGGUGCCCCCUCCACGAUGAGCUCCUGCCCUCCAAUGGCACCUGCAGGCCCCAAAUGGUCUCCGGUCGGUGGGCUCCUCCACGCCAAGCUUGGGCCUCCCGGUGACCUCUGCAGGCCCAAGUUGUCCUGAAGUCGGCAUCUCCCGGCCGUGCCUCCCAGCAAGUAAGCAAGCUCUUUUGGCUCAACUCCUGCCCAGCUCCCAACCGCCUUUGUAGGUCCCGAACUUUCUCCAGCCAAGUUCUUUGGGCCUCAUUCCUGCCGCCCGGUGGCCUGUACGGGCCCAGCAAUGGUUGGAGAACGGCCUCUGCAGGUCUCGCUCUUGCCUCCCAGGGGCCUCUCCAGGCCCAGCUCUUGCCCUCACGGCGGCCACCCGGGGCCAAGUCCCUGCCUGCCUCCCAGCAGCCCUCAUGCGGCCCAGCUCCUCCCUCACGGUGGCCUGUUGAUGCCCAUGCCUCUGGUACCCUGCCCAGAGGCAUGAGCCCCUGCCACACACUGGCUCCUCCCACGCUGAGAGAGGUCAGCGUGAGCCCUUGCCUCACACCGGCCCCUCCCAUGCUGAGAGAGGUCAGCGUGAGCCCCUUGCCUCACACCGGCCCCUCCCACGCUGAGAGAGGUCGGCGUGAGCCCUUGCCUCACACCGGCCUCUCCCACGGUGAGAGAGGUCAGCGUCAGCCCCUUGCCUCACACCGGCCCCUCCCAUGCUGAGAGAGGUCGGCGUGAGCCCUUGCCUCACACCGGCCCCUCCCACGGUGAGAGAGGUCAGCGUCAGCCCCUUGCCUCACACUGGCCCCUCCCACACUGAGAGAGGUCGGCGUGAGCCCUUGCCUCACACCGGCCCCUCCCACGCUGAGAGAGGUCGGUGUGAGCCCUUGCCUCACACGGGCCCCUCUCACUCUGACAGAGGUCAGCCUGAGCCGUUGUCUCACACCGGCCCCUCCCACGCUGAGAGAGGUCAACAUGAGCCCCUUGCCUCACACCGGCCCCUCCCACGCUGAGAUAGGUCAGCCUGAGCCCUUGCCUCACACCGGCCCCUCCCACGCUGAGAGAGGUCAGCGUGAGCCCUUGUCUCACACCGGCCCCUCCCACGCUGAGAGAGGUCAGCGUCAGCCCUUGCCUCACACCAGCCCCUCCCACGCUGAGAGAGGUCAGCGUGAGCCCCUUGCCUCACCCCGGCCCCUCCCAUGCUGAGAGAGGUCGGCGUGAGCCCUUGCCUCACACCGGCCCCUCCCACGGUGAGAGAGGUCAGCGUCAGCCCCUUGCCUCACACCGGCCCCUCCCACGCUGAGAGAGGUCGGCAUGAGCCCCUUGCCUCACACGGGCCCCUCUCACUCUGACAGAGGUCAGCCUGAGCCCUUGUCUCACACCGGCCCCUCCCACGCUGAGAGAGGUCAACAUGAGCCCCUUGCCUCACACCGGCCCCUCCCACGCUGAGAUAGGUCAGCCUGAGCCCUUGUCUCACACCGGCCCCUCCCACGCUGAGAGAGGUCAGCCUGAGCCCUUGCCUCACACCGGCCCCUCCCACGCUGAGAGAGGUCAGCGUGAGCCCUUGCCUCACACCGGCCCCUCCCACGCUGAGAGAGGUCAGCGUGAGCCCCUUGCCUCACCCCGGCCCCUCCCACGCUGAGAGAGGUCGGCGUGAGCCCUUGCCUCACACCGGCCUCUCCCACGGUGAGAGAGGUCAGCGUCAGCCCCUUGCCUCACACCGGCCCCUCCCACGCUGAGAGAGGUCGGCGUGAGCCCUUGCCUCACACCGGCCCCUCCCACGCUGAGAGAGGUCGGCGUGAGCCCUUGCCUCACACCGGCCCCUCCCACACUGAGAGAGGUCGGCGUGAGCCCUUGCCUCACACCGGCCCCUCCCACGGUGAGAGAGGUCAGCGUGAGCCCCUGCCUCAACAGGCCACCGUGAGGGAGGAGCAGGGUCGCACGCGGGCUGCUGUGAGGCAGGCAGCGACUUGGGCCUGGGAGGUCGUGGUGGGGCGAGAGCUGGGCUUGGAGACUCCCCUGGGAGGCAACAGCAGGGCCUACAGACUCUGUUCUCCAGCCGGAGCUGGGACUGUUCAGGUACUGGGAGGUGGGAUGUGGGUCUGAAGAGCUUGGUUGCAGAAACUUCGGGGUCUACAAACGCAGGCGGGAGCUGAGCCAAAAAAGCUUGUUUGCUGGGAGGCGGGAGAUGCAGUCAGGAGAAACAGCUGUGCCUGCAGAGGCCGCCAUGCGGGAGGCGGAGGCCGGGCCUCCUCAAAUCGGCCUCUCCAGACCCACUUGCAGCCUCCCGGCAUCCUCUCCGGGCCCAGCUCUUCCUCCCGGCUGCGUCUCCAGGCCUGACUCUGGCCUCCCAACAACGUCUUUGGACUCAGCUCCUGCCCAGCUCCCAGCAGGCCCAAGUCGUCGUCAAGUCGGCCUGGAAUUGGGCCCGGAAGAGCAGCAAGUCGGCCUCCCCGGGCCCAGCUCCGUCCUCUCGGUGGCCUCUCCAGGUGCAAAACUUCCUCGAGUCAGCCUCUCCAGGCCCAGCUCCUCCUGCCUCCCAGUGGCCUCUUUCAGCCCAGACCAGCUCAUGGCUCUUGGCGGCCUUCCCAGGCCCCGCUUUUGACUUUUGGUGGCCUCUUCAGGCCCAGAACUUGACCUCCAGUGGGCCUUUGCAGGCCCGGCCUCCUGCCUCUCGAAGGCCUGCACGGGCCCGGACUCACAGCGGACUCACAGCGGACUCUCCAUGCCCAGCUAGCUCUCGCCUCAUUGCGGCCUCCCGAGUCCAAAGCUCCUGCCUCUCGGCUGCUUCGGCAGGCCCAGCUCCCGCCUGCCAGUGGCCUCUUUAGGCCCAGCUCAUUCCUCACAACGGCCUUCCCAGGCCCCGUUUUUCCCUUCUGGCAGCCUCUUGGCCUCUAAUUUGUUUAUCUUUUGUGUAUAAAUCCCAAAAUAUUGAAUUUUGGAAUAUUUCCACCAUUAUGUAAAUAUUUUGGUAGGUGAUUUAUUUGGGGUGAGUUUCUGCACCAAGCCCGAAUUUUUUAUUUUAUUUUCCUUAUUAUUUGGUGUUAAACAGGUUUAAUGACGGUCAUGGCAACUGUUUGGCACAAUGAAAAAUAUCGCCCAUGAUCAACGUGUUCUGUUCUGGGGAAGGGGGCAAAGGCAGGGUGAAUCACUUUCUUAAAAAGUAUAGCUCAAGUUGGGAGUGCAGAGGGAAUGGGGAGAAAACCCUCCCACUGCCUGUGUCAAAGUGCAGGAGCCCCCACCCCCAUACUCACCUGAGUCCAGCCCCUCUGGGGAAAGAAGGGGUGCAUGAACUCCCCCUAGUCCACAGGCACCUCCCUGUGGCCCAAGGCCCUCUUCACACUCCAUCUUGUAGCCCCAACAGGAGCUAUUUUCCGAAAAGUGAAAAGCUCUGAAGGUCGCACAAUUCAUGGUAUGUACACCUCCCUCACCAGGGGCUGCAAAGUGGCCUGGAGCUCCAUACUGAGUAGAAGUCUUUGGGCCAGAGUCAGCAUCUGGCUGACGGUCCGGAUAUCCUGGUUGGAGUGACCCUGGUGCACCCUGCCAGGGCCUGGUGCCGCUUGCUGAAGAUCAUGACCGCCACUCAUGGGCCACCGAUGUGGUCCUUGUCCCAUUUGUUGGGGCUGCGUCCAUCCUUCUCAGAAGAUGAGUCCUGUUCCUUGCGCAGGGCACUGAGGGACUGGGCCUGACAUCAUCUGAGUGGUAGAGGCAACUGGGUGUCAGGAGACAUGAUGGAGAGGAAAGCAUCAUCAUGGUCAUUCUCUGUCUCUCUGUCCAGCAGGGACUCCCCUGAGGGGCCCAGGGCUCCUCCUCCUUGGUGGGAGGCCUGCCUUGCUCUGCCAGGAACCAUGAGUGAGGCCCGCAGGGACAGCACGAGCAGCCUGCAGCGCAAGAAGCCACCCUGGCUAAAGCUGGACAUUCCCUCUGCGGUGCCCCUGACGGCAGAAGAGCCCAGCUUCCUGCAGGUAGGCCCUGGCCUGCAGGGACUGUGGGUGCCCCCUGUCCAGCACCCUCACCAUGACCCUGUUGCCCAGCCCCUGAGGCGACAGGCUUUCCUGAGGAGUGUGAGUAUGCCAGCCGAGACAGCCCACAUCUCUUCGCCGCACCAUGAGCUCCGGCGGCUGGUGCUGCAACGCCGGACGUCCAUCACACAGACCAUCCGCAGGGGGACCGCCGACUGGUUUGGAGUGAGCAAGGACAGUGACAGCACCCAGAAAUGGCAGCGCAAGAGCAUCCGUCACUGCAGCCAGCGCUACGGGAAGCUGAAGCCCCAGGUCCUCCGGGAGCUGGACCUGCCCAGCCAGGACAACGUGUCGCUGACCAGCACCGAGACGCCACCCCCACUGUACGUGGGGCCGUGCCAGCUGGGCAUGCAGAAGAUCAUAGACCCCCUGGCCCGUGGCCGUGCCUUCCGUGUGGCAGAUGACACUGCGGAAGGCCUGAGUGCCCCACACACUCCCGUCACGCCGGGUGCUGCCUCCCUCUGCUCCUUCUCCAGCUCCCGCUCAGGUUUCCACCAGCUCCCGCGGCGGCGCAAGCGAGAGUCGGUGGCCAAGAUGAGCUUCCGGGCAGCCGCAGCACUGAUGAAAGGCCGCUCCGUCAGGGAUGGCACCUUUCGCCGGGCACAGCGUCGAAGCUUCACUCCAGCUAGCUUUCUGGAGGAGGACACAACUGAUUUCCCCGAUGAGCUGGACACAUCCUUCUUUGCCCGGGAAGGUAUCAUCCACGAAGAGCUGUCCACAUACCCGGAUGAAGUUUUCGAGUCCCCAUCGGAGGCAGCGCUAAAGGACUGGGAGAAGGCACCGGAGCAGGCGGACCUCACCGGCGGGGCCCUGGACCGCAGCGAGCUUGAGCGCAGCCACCUGAUGCUGCCCUUGGAGCGAGGCUGGCGGAAGCAGAAGGAGGGCGCCGCAGCCCCGCAGCCCAAGGUGCGGCUCCGACAGGAGGUGGUGAGCACCGCGGGGCCGCGACGGGGCCAGCGUAUCGCGGUGCCGGUGCGCAAGCUCUUCGCCCGGGAGAAGCGGCCGUAUGGGCUGGGCAUGGUGGGACGGCUCACCAACCGCACCUACCGCAAGCGCAUCGACAGCUUCGUCAAGCGCCAGAUCGAGGACAUGGACGACCACAGGCCCUUCUUCACCUACUGGCUUACCUUCGUGCACUCGCUCGUCACCAUUCUAGCCGUGUGCAUCUAUGGCAUCGCGCCCGUGGGCUUCUCACAGCAUGAAACGGUGGACUCGGUGCUGCGGAACCGCGGGGUCUACGAGAACGUCAAGUACGUGCAGCAGGAGAACUUCUGGAUCGGGCCCAGCUCGGAAGCCCUCAUCCACCUGGGCGCCAAGUUUUCGCCCUGCAUGCGCCAGGACCCGCAGGUGCACAGCUUCAUUCGCUCAGCGCGCGAGCGCGAGAAGCACUCCGCCUGCUGCGUGCGCAACGACAGGUCGGGCUGCGUGCAGACCUCGGAGGAGGAGUGCUCGUCCACGCUGGCAGUGUGGGUGAAGUGGCCCAUCCAUCCCAGCGCCCCAGAGCUUGCGGGCCACAAGAGACAGUUUGGCUCUGUCUGCCACCAGGAUCCCAGGGUGUGUGAUGAGCCCUCCUCCGAAGACCCUCAUGAGUGGCCAGAAGACAUCACCAAGUGGCCGAUCUGCACCAAAAACAGCGCCGGGAACCACACCAACCAUCCCCACAUGGACUGUGUCAUCACAGGACGGCCCUGCUGCAUUGGCACCAAGGGCAGGUGUGAGAUCACCUCCAGGGAGUACUGUGACUUCAUGAGGGGCUACUUCCAUGAGGAGGCCACGCUCUGCUCUCAGGUGCACUGCAUGGAUGAUGUGUGUGGGCUCCUGCCUUUCCUCAACCCCGAGGUGCCUGACCAGUUCUACCGCCUGUGGCUAUCCCUCUUCCUGCACGCCGGGAUCUUGCACUGCCUGGUGUCCAUCUGCUUCCAGAUGACUGUCCUGCGGGACCUGGAGAAGCUGGCAGGCUGGCACCGCAUAGCCAUCAUCUACCUGCUGAGUGGUGUCACCGGCAACCUGGCCAGUGCCAUCUUCCUGCCAUACCGAGCAGAGGUGGGUCCUGCUGGUUCCCAGUUCGGCAUCCUGGCCUGCCUCUUCGUGGAGCUCUUCCAGAGCUGGCAGAUCCUGGCGCGGCCCUGGCGUGCCUUCUUCAAGCUGCUGGCUGUGGUGCUCUUCCUCUUCACCUUUGGGCUGCUGCCGUGGAUUGACAACUUUGCCCACAUCUCGGGGUUCAUCAGUGGCCUCUUCCUCUCCUUCGCCUUCUUGCCCUACAUCAGCUUUGGCAAGUUCGACCUGUACCGGAAACGCUGCCAGAUCAUCAUCUUUCAGGUGGUCUUCCUGGGCCUCCUGGCUGGCCUGGUGGUCCUCUUCUACGUCUAUCCUGUCCGCUGUGAGUGGUGUGAGUUCCUCACCUGCAUCCCCUUCACUGACAAGUUCUGUGAGAAGUACGAACUGGACGCUCAGCUCCACUGAGCUGGCUGCGGGCUCCAGCGGCCGUGUGCUCCAGCAGGCCAGAGCCAGACACGACAGCCCUGAGCCUCACAGGCUUACAAAAGUCACCUGCUCCAUGUGGGGACUGGCCUGUUUCCUGAACACAGACCUCUUUCUUGUGCCUUGUUCACUUCUGUUGAACCCCUCGUACUGCCGGGCAUUUAUUAUACUACUUCUUGUCAUAACCUUCUAACUUGUUUCUUGACGACCACCUCAUGUGGCCAAUAAAUGGACUGGGAGCGUUUUAGCUGCCAUUAACUUGA